GGAGACAGCCGCUUUUGGACACGUUUUGGAGACAGAAGCUGCCAGACUGCAAAGACUACACACGGAAGAAUAAUAUAAACAAAACUUACUUUGCAUCAUCUCUUCCGCCCAUUCAUUAAAAAAAUCGUGUUAUUAAUAUUAUUUCGCGGGAGUUUUAAGCGUCUCCCAAUCUGCUGGACAAGUUUGGCGGCUGAAGGACGCACCUCGGGACUUUGACGCAGACGUCUCCCUGACUUCUGGCUGCUGGACAUGGGCUCAUCUGAGGCCAAACAGCGGUAAACGGAGGGCUCGGCGCUGCUGUCCUCUUUUCCUCCUAUCUCUUGCAGAGUGGACCCACUUUUGAAAGAGCGUGUUUUUUUCUAUCUGGGCCUAAGGCUGACUUGUUUAAAGGUCCUUUUUUUUGCUUCCGGCAACAGCGAAGAGACCAAGUCUUCCUCCCUCAGCCCUCACUCCCUCUCUCACUUUUUUGGAAGCUGAACGUUUAAAGGAAAAUGGGGCAUUGAGAGGGUUGGCAGAUCUCCCCGCGCUAUAAUGGCUACUGACACCUACCUGGUGAACGACGAUCCUCCUAGAGGCCCAGGGAUGCCUGAAUGUUUCCUCGUGUCUGAUACUUAUAGGGAUGAAUUCCACCCCUUCAUCGAGGCCCUGCUGCCCCAUGUCCGCGCCUUCGCCUACACCUGGUUCAACCUGCAGGCCCGCAAGCGCAAAUACUUCAAGAAGCACGAGAAGCGCAUGUCCAAGGAGGAAGAGCGCGCAGUGAAGGAUGAGCUGUUGGGGGAGAAGCCAGAGAUCAAGCAGAAGUGGGCCUCGCGCCUGCUGGCCAAGCUCCGCAAGGACAUCCGGCCCGAGUUCCGUGAGGACUUUGUGCUCACCAUCACGGGGAAAAAGCCCCCCUGCUGCGUGCUGUCCAACCCCGACCAGAAGGGCAAGAUCCGUCGCAUCGACUGCCUGCGCCAGGCCGACAAGGUGUGGCGGCUGGACCUGGUGAUGGUCAUCCUGUUCAAGGGCAGCCCCCUAGAGAGCACGGACGGGGAACGGCUGGUCAAGUCACCACAGUGCACCAACCCUGGCCUGUGCGUCCAGCCGCACCACAUCGGUGUGUCCGUCAAGGAGCUGGACCUCUACCUGGCCUACUUCGUCCACACGCCAGAAUCCGGACAAUCAGACAGCUCCAGCCAACAAGGGGACACAGACAUCAAACCACCGCCCAAUGGGCACCUGAGUUUCCAGGACUGCUUUGUCACCUCAGGAGUGUGGAACGUGGCGGAGCUGGUCAGAGUGUCGCAGACUCCUGUUGCCACGGCGUCAGGUCCUAACUUCUCACUGGCUGACCUGGACAGUAGUCCCAGCUACUACAACAUCAACCAGGUGGCCCUGGGGCGACGCUCCCUCACCUCCCCUCCUUCCACCAGGUCUGAGGUGGAGUUGUACGCAAAUCUUCCACGGAGCUCCACCAAGAGGAAGUCGUUAGACGACAGUGAGCUGGAGAGCCCCACAGAUGAUGUUUUCUAUCCUGGACGCUCACCUGCUGCCAGCUCCUCCCAGUCCAGUGCGUGGCCCAACGACAUGGAUGCAGUGCAGCACCAUUUGGCGAGUGUGCAGGAGAGGAAGAUAAAACAUGAAAACGAUGGCGUGCAGUUUCCUUACCAUGGACUGUCCUCGCCUGGUUCACUUAAGAAGCCGGGGAAGUUUGAUUUCAACGCCCUGACUUCCCAGACGAGGUCCCCCCGCAUGGCGUUCACACACCACCCGCUGCCUGUGCUGGCAGGAGUGAGACCAGGGAGUCCCCGUGCCUCAGCCUCAGCCCUGCAUUUCCCCUCCUCCUCUAUCAUCCAGCAGUCCAGCCCGUAUUUCACUCACCCCACCAUACGCUACCAUCACCACCAGGACCCGCUUAAGGAGUUUGUGCAGUUUGUGUGCACCGACGGCACAGGACAGCCGAGCACACAGCCUAAUGGAGGUGGCCAGAGCAAAAUGCCGGGCUCCUUCCUGCUGCCCCCGCCACCCCCGGUGGCACGCCCUGUGCCCCUCCCCAUGCCCGACUCUAAAAGCAUCAGCACGCCCACUGACGGCGGACUCAGCUCACCCGCAUCUCCGUCAUACUCCACGCCAGGCUCCACAGCUCCCAACCGGUUUGUCGGCAUCGGAACACGGGACAACUUUCUGAAUAUCCCCCAGCAGACUCAGUCCUGGUUCCUCUGACAAGGCCUCUAUGAAUCAACAGCUAAAAUUGUGUCAUGAAAAUUGGAAAUUUGAAAAACAAACACAUCAUCGUUGAUUAAGAACAGACUGCUGACACUAAAAGUUUCUCUCUCGCCAACACUAUUCAAAGUACUACUACAGAACCCGAAAAGACCCCGCCCGACCCUGCCCCGAUUCAACACAAUUUGAACAGGAGUGUUCAUUGCCCUAAUGCAGGAGGCUUCAAUGAGAUUGAGUGGACAGACUCAGAAUGCAGAGAAAAAUGAGGAACUGUCUCACACACACACACACACCAUGAAAUGUCAGAAAGGAAACACAAUAUGGCGACCUGACACAUGACCAAUUAUACAUUUGUUGUUUCUUUUUUUAUUAUUAUAAUUAUUUUUUAAUUUUGUUGUCUCCACCAUGAAACUCCAUGCAUUGGCUGGGAGAUCCAAAAAAAAAAAAAAAGUAGUAGUAAAUGGUGAAAUCAGAUGUGCAACUUGAAAAGAUUGCAACCCAAAUUGCACGCCUCCAUAUCAGUGUAUUUCUCAAAGCACCUUUCCUCCAGGUGCCACCCGCCUCCCACCACACCACCACCACCACCAGCGCCGCCCCCCACCACACCACCACCACCGCUGCCCCCCCACCUGGAGCUCAGUGCUGCCCAGGGUCCAGACCAGAACCACAGCCACAUGCCUGUGUGUCGCCACACUCUGCUGCUUCAUUCGCUCAGCCCUGAGCCUCUUUCAUUUCUGAUUGGCCAAUCAUGGUGACACCAUCCGAUGGUGUGACAUAUAUGCACUAAGUGGCUGGUCUUUGUUUACCUGUCGAAGUAUCAGGGCGCCCUGCUGUGGGAGAAGUGAUAGCCAUGAGGCGAGUGCGAGCGAGUGAACACACGACAGACAGUCAUAACACUAACUCUACAUGUGCUCUUUCGUCCCCUCACCUAUGCACUAUUAAUUUUUAAUAAGGGAUGAACAGUAUUGCACAUCGAUGGUCAGAUGAGCGAUUAGAGAAGUGAGUCGAGGCUGGCUGCCACUACAGAGAUGUGGCUGUGCUAACAAUCAAGUCUAAACCCUGACACAUAGUGCACACACACAAACACACAUACACAGGCAUGCUUGCAUACAGUACAUGCAGACCAUCCUCUCCAGAAUAAUCUGUCACACAACCACUCAUAAUAUCAUUUUGUUAUUAUUCAUAGACAUGGGAUUUAAUUUACAGUAAUGCACACACAGCAUUAGCUUCAUAUUAUUAGCUUUCAUUUUGUUUGUAGGUGUUUUCUUGUGAUUUCUCUCUUUUUUUUUCUUUUUUUUUUUUACAAGAUUUGGUUUUGGUUUUGUCUCACUUGGAUUGUUUUAACCUUCUCUUGCAUGUCAUAACAUUUUUUUCUUUAGUUUGCAGUAAUACGUUUAGCAUCACACUCGGAUUUCAGUGAAACAGUAACAGCAGUUUCUCAAAUCUCUCACGUAUGGACAGCACAGUAACAACAGCUCAUCACACACAUCCCUUGCAUUGCUUUACCCUGUAUCCCUUAGUCCCGUCACAGGCAAACCCAGAGGAAUACACACACACACACACACACACAUACAAAUGCACACACAGACACACACUUAUAAAUAGCACACUAACACCAACAACCUGACAUAAAAUAAUAAAGGGAAGCCUUUAUAUUUGGUUCUCCAAACUGCCUUUGUUAAUGGUUUUUCAUUCACUUAAGAUUUGUCUUUUUAAUUUGAGAUAUUUUUUUCUAUGUAAAUGUUCACAUUUAAAUUGCUAUUUGGUAUUAUUUUCAUCAUGACACAAUCCAACAAAAGCCGACCUCACAAAAUAACUGGACUGCCUAGCUGUUGGUUCUAUUUUGCAGGGAUAGUAAACCGGGCUGAGACCCCGUUCUCAGCCUCUCUAGUAACAUUAGCUCUAUGUACUAAAACCUUAUAUCAAGACUAUAACAAUAUAUCAAAGUGCCUCUGUAUUCCCUUCAUGCAAUUAGUAAUAAACUUGACUUCAGGUUCUCUUCCCACAUAUAAGCUAAAGCUACAGGGAAUGGUAGCAUUGGUACAUGUGGAAACCAUUGGCCUAGGACAGAUCUUUAUAGAGGGCUGCAAACUUCUUUUUUUUUGUAAAGACAGAGAGAGAGAGAUCUUAUACAUAUAUAUUUAUGAUAUAUGCUCCUUUUUAACUUUUACUACAUGAGCUGGUUGGCAGUCUAGUUAUUUUCUGAACUCUCAUCCCCCCCUCCCCCUCCCCCCACAACCUGUUUCAGUAACAUCACCUUACUGUUACCAGUACGAAUCAAACGACACAAGUCAUCGCCAUCUGCAGCGCAGCAUUCUAAUACCUAGAUGAACAUGUCAAAAAUCGACAGUAGGUUUGAAGAAAAAAAAAGUGUUUGUUUUUUGAUGGAAAGUAUUAUUAUUGAAAAAUAUGUGUCGAUUGAGCCACGUGCAAUGCAUUGGGUAGAUCAUUGUGUUUGUCUGUUAGAGAUUUUUAAGAAAGCUAAGAGAAAAGAGAAAAAAAAAUGUAUUUGUUUCAAGUCCAUAAGCUCCGGGACUCUAAACUAGAGGGCCAUGAAAAAUCCUAGUCUUUGUAAGUCGGGGGUAUUUGUUUUUAUUUCCUUUGUCUCUUUUUUAAUGUUUUAUGUGUAAUCAUUUGUUUAUAAAAGUGUGGGAGGGCUGAAGGAAAAAAAAAUUCUACACAACUUCAAAAGAAAAAAUCUCUAUUAUCAGAUGAAACCUGGUGCUUUAACACUAUAAAGUACAUUCAGAACUAUUAUAAAUGAAUGGUAAAUGAACAAAAGUAACAGACCAUUUAGGAAACAGCAUUAUUCCUCUCUAUUUGUAUUCUUCUUCUAUUUGUAUUGAGUGGGGGGAGAGGUUCCUAUUCCUUAAGGUUGUGACACAAAAGGCAUUUUGGUUCAACCUUUAGAAAAAAAAAAUUCAAACCUAUCCUGUCAAGCCUAAGAAACGAUGUUCAGAUAACUUUACCCAUGCACUGCCUGAAACUCACCAGCAAAACAACCCUGAAAAGAACCCUCCCAACUCAGUGCAUUUUUAUCACAUACAUUAGCAUAAAUACAUGACAAGUUCCUCCCUGUACUCUGGGAGACGCUUCACAUCCAGAAAUCUGUUAUCCCCAUGAUCAUCUUGACAUGUUUAUGAAUCGAUUACUGGAUGGAGCUCAGCAGGUUGUGUUAUGACAGUUGAAGUGGAAAGAGUAUUAAAGCAGACCCUCUGUCUCCUGCACAGAAACAACAGUAAAGGGGCUGAAAGUAGCUUAGAAUUAGGCACAAAUAUGAGGUCUGAACCAUUUAUGAAACAGGCAGCAAAGGUGAGCCUCUCCCCUGUUCCACCCCCCUCCUCUGUAAAUGACUCUUAUAGUGCUUGUGCUGUAGUGUAUAGUUUCCCAGCAGUUAAAGGUUGUCCCUUAAAAGUGCCUUUUGUUCACAGACUCCAUUUUGUAAUCCAGAUCGCCCCCUUUUUUUUCGAAAUGGCUCGAGGAAGCAGGUAGCCACUGAGUGCCACAUGGAGGCAAAAUGUCAUCGCCAUUCAGUGCUCAGACAACUUCUUCCUCCGCCUUCGAAAUGAAUCCCCUCCAUUGUACCUCCCCUAUAUCCUCUCUUCCUUUUCAAAGCCGUAUAUAUACAUAUAUAUAUGUAUGUACUAUAUAUAUGUAUAGUACAUAUAUGUGUACUAUAUCUACUAUAUAUAUGUAUGUACUGUAUAUAUAUAUAGUACAAAAGGAAGCUGGUGUGAAUUAGUUCUUUACUUUUUAUUGAUAAAUGAUGACAAAAAAAAAUUCUUUUGAAAAGGCAAAAAAACUUGUUCUCGUUCAGCUCUUGCUUUUUUCUUCCCCUCUUGUCUCCACUGUCUGUUUUCUCUUAGACACUGGAGUAGUCUGUAACUGUGUGUCCGUCACUCUCCGUCUCUCCCUCUCGCUCUCUCUCUCCCUCCCGCCCUCUCCGCUGUUGGGAGGGUGAAAAAAAAUAUUGCCGAAAAACUUUUGUCUGAGCAGAAUGCAGUUAGCUCACAUGUUAUUCUUGUCUGUAUGCUUCACAUUGUAUUACCAUACCCAUCUUCUUCAGCUUCUCCAUUCAACAGCUAAUGUAAGUGAACAAAUUACGCUGAUGGGCUUUUGGGGGUGUCCUUGGGUGGGUUAGGAAGGGAUGACAGGGGUCUCAAGGGGUUCGAGUUGAAGAGGUUAAACGGAGACGAUUUUGGGAUCUCGAGAGCUGAAUGAACUGCUUUGGGAUGUUGGAAAGGGGCUGCUUUUAUUAGGAUAAGAGUUUGCUCUUUUGUUUUAGCUAUUUAUUUUUGGCUUUGUUUUAUUUCUCCCCCUUUUUUUUGUUUCCUUAUCAUUUGGAUUUCUUUUAAUAUUUGCUAUCAGGGUAUGCUGUCGUUUAGGCUCUCUUUGAGGAUGCCUUGGACUGUAAAUGAAAGCUACAAGCACCUUAUAACCGGACUUGUCCUGCAUGAGGCUGAAAAGGGGGGGUUGCAUUUCCAGGACAUAUCCUACAUCCAUUCAAAUCAAUCUUCAAUCUUUAAAAUCUAUUUUAAAGUGAAGUAUUAUUGUUAACGGCGGGCUUCACACAGUGAAACCCUCAGCAGUAUUAGCCACUUACAACACACCAACCAGAUAGAUAAAAGGCCAGCAUGAACCUGAUCCCUCACAUUUUGAGGAUUCAGGGAAGUCCCUCCAUUUUUCUCCUCUGACCACCUCAUGCUGGACUGCUCCGUGUCUUUGUUCUGUUGUUUAUUUUGUUCUUUAUCUUCUUAAGCGUGUAUGGUUAUUGGUGUAAUAGGCAGCACCCUAGGCCCCCUGACUCCCAGCUCUUCUAUGCCUCUGUCUACGCCCUCAGUGCAGCACCACUUCUUUGUGAGAACACCCCCAGAGCUCUAGGUGAAAUGCAUGUGUUAAUUACAGUUUCUUUUCCAUAAGAAGAAAAACACAGUUUGAGAAGAGCAGCACCUGAUUGAAUAAAAAGGAUGUUCUUGACUGUA